AUGAAGGUAUUCGGUAAACGAGUGAAGGGACCAAAGUCUCUCUUGUCGAGUGUCAUUGCAUCCAACUUGGCACAAUAUUUUGAAGUCGAUGAGAAGAAAAUCAAGUCCAACCUUCUGUCUGAUACCAAAAUUGUCUUGAAUGACGUCUUGCUUAAAGAGCAAUGGCGCGUCGUUCAAUCUUUUGGUGAUGAAGACAGCGACCGGUCUUCUGUUGCCCAUGUCACGGGAGUGGUGAGCCAAAUCGUUUUCACAUGGACCUGGAAUGUUGGUCAGUCGGCAGAUCCGGGAUGGGUUCAAGACGCUACAUUGUUCAUUCGUGGGUUAAAGUUUCGCGUUGAGCUGUUUUGGUGGAAUAACAAGACUGCUAGGAAACACUUUUCAAAUGCCGAGUUAUCUCCGCGAAAAAAGAGAUCCAAACAGAAAAAUAGCACCCUGACGACCUAUUUGAAAAGGCAAAUGGCGGCUGUUGUCGAUUCCUUGAACCUUCAUAUUGAGGAUUACAAGUUAACGAUUGAUCUUGAUUCAAAUGGAAAGCAAGAAGAUAUCGUUUCUAUUGUCAUUGGGGGCAAGGCUGUUGAUGUCCUAUCGCGAGGCAGAAACCGAGAAGGGAGCAUAAUGAGCGUGCAAGUUGGAGAGUCCGAGACGAUUUCCAUGGCCACAGAAGGGGCUGAAGUCGAACUUAUUCACGAGAAUCUGUCCAAAGCUUCGCUUCCUUUGGAGCAACUUUUUGUUUUGGAAUCCUUUGCUGUCGAUAUCCACACCACAAAGGAAACCAAGCCAAUUCUCGACACUUUCUCGUACAAGGCUACGGCUUUGCGACUCUCGGGAGAUCGCUUUCUCACCGGUAUGGCGACUGGUCUGGAAGUUCGAGGAGACCCUCCAGCUGACGGAAAAUUAACAUUCUUUGCUGAUUACUUGCAAAUCGAAGCUCUAAAGGAGCUUGCUGGUUAUUUCUUGGCACCUAGAAAAGAAACAAAAUUGGACUCGGGGGAUGAAAGUGAUGGGAUUGAAAUGUCGUUAAGCGAUUAUGAUCGAGGAGAUGACCCGGUUUCCUUUUUUGAAAUACCACUCAAUGGUGGGUCCAUUCACACCCAGAACUCUACCCUUUCUAUUGGUUCGAUCGUCAUGCGGUACCGCGCAGAUGGGACAUUGGCAGAAUUCGUUGCGGACCAUUUGGAUGCAGGUGGUGGGCGACGACAUUCAGAUGAUCAGCUUCGCCUUCGAAUCAGCGGAAUCCACGCGACGGUUCGGCCAUCGGUUGCGCUCAAAAUGGAAUCGAUUGAUAGGUUUCGCGUACCUGGCACUGGUGAAUUGAACGAAGCAACAAAGGAUGUCUUAUUGGCGUAUGAUGGGGAAACUCUCCGCAUGGCCUUUUCUUCUGUCUUCGCAACUCGACUAGAGGAACACGAGAAGCCGUCGUCCACCGACAGUAAGGAUCGAUCGGCGGCAAAUUGGAAGGCAGCAUUGAUAUUCCCCAUCAAUCUUUCCAUUGAUGAUUUGCACAUUGUGAAUGCUUACAAGAACAAUGCAAUGACCGUUGUGCGAGAGUUCGACCUGGACGUCGCACCGGGAAUUGAUGUUUCUUUUUGUGCCAAGAACGUGAAGAAUGAAUUGAUAGAUUUGACAGAUGUUGCCAUUACAGCUCAUGUUCCCAUCUACGAAGAUGAUGUUAUCGAGAAGCUUCACUUUGCAGCAGCUUCUACCAGUUUGACCGCAGGGCGUUCUACCGAUGAAUGGGAGAAUCGGUUCACUAAUCGACCGAAAGCGACAAGCGAGAAGAAGAAUUAUAGGCUGCCGUUUGCUCAUAUUGAACCGUUGAACUUGGAAGUGUCAUUCAAGGGGAUCGUAUCCACCAAACAUAGCAAGAUGAUUAUUCGGCCGUUCAUGGGUACCAUGGCCACCACGGAGCGGGACUUGUUACGGCAUUACACUCGACAUAUUCUCCAAAAGUUUCCCGGUUUCAUUACAAACGCCGAAGUUCUCGGUGUCAAUGUCUUUGACUCUGGAGCCUCGACAUACGGCAGUUGGAUGCUAUCAGCGACACAUUUUGGUCCACUUGGAGGGAUGGCAGCUGUUGCUGGAGUAGAUGCAGUGAAGGGUGCCAUAGCCGCUGGCAAGAGGAGUCGGAAAGAGAAGAAUUGCAAGGAGGAAUCUUCAUAUGAGGAUAGGUUCCAGCCGCUUGACGUUGUUCGAGGGAUUGCAUAUGCCGCCAAAGAAGCGACAGACGAAGGGGCUUUCAUGCGUGGGAAGUUAUCGGGUCAAGGGAAUGCAAUCGACUGGUUUGUUGGGGCCACUGCGAAUACGCGAAAGUACGCCAAAGAUAACAGGUCGAGACUUGGAGCUGCCGGUGCUGGGGGUGCUGCCUUCAUCGCUGGGACGUUUAUGCUAGGACCUGCAGCUCCUCUUGCAGUAUCAAUAGCGGCUGGGAUGGCAGCUUCAGCAGUGAUGGGCAAGAUCAUAGAUAGAUCUGCCGCACCAGCGUCAAAUCGAAAGCCCAUUAACAGAACGGCAUCAUCCAUUUCGAAGGAUUCUUCCUUGGGACGGUGA